CAACCAAUAUCUAAGACCACAUGAAGGCAGGAGCUUUGUCCACUCUGUGACUGAGCAGAAAGUGGCCACUCAGUAAGUGUGAGCGUCCUUUGUAGCUGAAGGGCACUUGGGCUAGGGAAGAGAGCGCAUAGGGAAUGGACAGCCAGGUCCAGCUGGCGACCUUGCUAGUGAGCUGAAGCUCUUGUUUCCAUGUGGAUCCCAUGGCAGAUGCACACAGGGAGUUCCAGGCCUCUUUGAGGAAAGGACAUGGGGCAUGUGUAGGAACAGUGAGCACCUGUCACCACCCACAGUCCUUCCCCUCCAUUGUCCCUAAACCUCUGCCCUUCUCUGUCUUCUUUCAUGCAUCCAGGAGGCUUUACAGGCUGAGGUGAUGAGAAAAGAUUCACAAAGGAGAUGAAAUUCAAAUGAGCUUCGAGCAACAUUGUAAAGCUAUAUGUCAUUUCUAAGUCAACAGAGCAGGGACAAGUGUAAAAAUACUGUAUUUCUGUUGGAGUUCUCUCAGGCUUCAUGCUUGCCUUCAUUAGCACAACUAGCUUGAUUGGUCAGUUUUUAGCUAUGAUUCUUGCAUGAAGACUUGUAUUAGCAAGUACACAGUAGGCUGAAAAUACGAUUUCUCCCCUUCCAGGAUGAAGUCAACCAGAUCAUGGAAACCAAUCUGUGGCUGCGUCACAUCUGGAAAGACUACAGAUUGCGCUGGGAUCCCACGGAGUAUGAUGGCAUUGAGACACUCCGUGUUCCAGCAGACAAGAUCUGGAAGCCAGACAUUGUUCUAUAUAACAACGCUGUUGGCGACUUCCAAGUCGAAGGCAGAACCAAAGCUCUUCUGAAGAAUGAUGGCAUGAUAACCUGGACCCCACCAGCCAUCUUCAAGAGUUCUUGUCCUAUGGACAUCACCUUCUUCCCUUUUGAUCAUCAAAACUGUUCCCUGAAAUUUGGCUCCUGGACUUACGACAAGGCUGAAAUUGACCUUCUGAUCAUUGGCUCUAAAGUGGACAUGAACGAUUUUUGGGAAAACAGUGAGUGGGAAAUUGUCGAUGCCUCUGGCUACAAGCAUGACAUCAAGUACAACUGUUGUGAGGAGAUUUACACAGACAUCACCUACUCUUUCUAUAUCAGGAGGCUGCCCAUGUUUUACACCAUUAACCUCAUCAUCCCCUGUCUCUUCAUCUCCUUCCUCACUGUGUUGGUCUUCUACCUUCCUUCUGACUGUGGCGAGAAGGUAACUCUCUGCAUCUCAGUUCUGCUCUCUCUGACCGUCUUUUUGCUGGUGAUUACUGAGACCAUCCCAUCCACAUCUCUUGUGAUCCCACUGGUGGGUGAGUAUCUACUGUUCACCAUGAUCUUUGUCACCCUGUCCAUUGUGGUGACUGUGUUUGUGCUGAACAUACACUACCGUACACCAGCAACACAUACCAUGCCCAAGUGGGUGAAGACCGUUUUCCUUCAGGUUUUCCCCUCAAUUCUGAUGAUGAGGAGGCCUCUGGACAAGACCAAGGAGGCAGAUGAUGUUAAAGACCGCAAAAGCCUUCCCAAGAGACCUGCCAAGGUCAAGUUUGCUCAUCGAAGAGAGCCCAAACUUCUGAGGGAAUGCUGUCACUGUCAAAAAUCAAGUGAGAUGGCUCCUGGCAAGAGAAGAUUGAGUCCGCAGCCUGCACAGUGGGUGACAGAGAAUUCAGAGCACUCACCAGAUGUGGAAGAUGUGAUCGAUAGUGUUCAAUUCAUAGCAGAAAACAUGAAGAGCCACAAUGAAACAAAGGAGGUAGAAGAUGACUGGAAAUACAUGGCCAUGGUGGUGGACAGGGUCUUCCUCUGGGUGUUUAUAAUCGUCUGUGUGUUUGGAACCGUGGGGCUAUUUCUACAGCCACUGCUUGGGAACACCGGAAAGUCUUAAUCUGUAUUUUCCUUUUUGCUUCUGAAUCUUUUAGAUGUUGUGUCUGUUCUGAACUACUUACCACAAGAAAAGGCCAAGUACCCAGUCUCCUAAACCCUGACCAGAAGGGAAAGGGGAACAAUAUUACAACCUUAGGAGCCUGAAUGUAUGUCUUCAUUGUGCUGGGUGUCCAUUAGAGUGGUUUACCAUCUUGGUGCCCAGAGCUGGCAGUGCUCCUGGGCCAGAAGCACUGACUCAGUUUCUCCAUGCUAGGCAUUCUUUGUUUCCAGGAACAUGAAUGGUCCCUCACAGAGCCGGGCCCCACAGCUAGCACCAGCCCACACUGAAAAGGGAUUCUCUUGUAUCUGAAGCUCCUGUUGGUGGUUGCAAUGAUGUGUAAGACCAGAGAGAAACUCAGCAACACUGCUGCCAUUUGCAACACCUGUCUGCUACUGUACCCUACUUUCUUGUGUGUGUCUCUGUGAUGGAGCUCACACCAUUCUCCAACACAUGCGUGGUUAAAGAAGAAAACAGACGGUGUCUCUCUUAGCAGACUUUCAAUUCGUUGUACUAUUGGCUUUCUGUGUGAGAAGUCACCUGAGAUAAUCAGUGUGAACGGAGGAAGUUGAUAUGAAUUCGUGGUUUCAGAGGAUUUAGUCCAUGAUCACUAGGCCCCACUGCCUCUGGACCUUUGGGGAGGCAAAUCAUCAUGACUGACUUGCCUAGUAGAGGGCAGCUGUCUACUUCAUGACAGCUACCAAGAAAGCAAAAAGAGAGAAAAAAUCCAGGAUGCCAAUAUUCCCUUCAAAGGCACACCCCAAUAACUUAACUUUUUCCUGCAGGGCCUCAUGUCCCAGAAGCUCCACUACCUCCCAGCAGUGCAGAGGACUAAGUCUUUAAUGCAUGUCCUUGGGGGUGAUCUAAACCACAGCAGUAUUGUUCCGGCAGAACACUUGGCUGGUACCCAGUACUGUGCUAGGUGCUACAAGGGUAACUUGAGUAGAUUCUUUCCCUUGUAAAGUUACAGUCUUUUAGAAAAGUCAUACAAGAAAGACCCACAGGAUCAGGUAGUGGAGAAGACCGCUAGGGCAACUCAAAUGAAAGAACCUAGUUGGGAAAAACCUAAAACCACUCUUGUGCUUCAGAUAGGCACCUGUCUAGUCUUUUCCCAUGAACCCUUCACAUACUCACUGCAUGGAGACCAAUAAAAUCUUCAAGAAAUUUUAA